CCAGGAAUAUAUGACACCAACUGCUAUGACUUUUUUUGGAAACCAUCUACCUUUUACAUCACCAAUAGUAUACCCAAGAAAUAGAAACAGAAAGCUAAACGUAAAAUUAUAAUCUGGACAAAUGAUCAGAUGACGUUCGUAAGGAUAAACUAAAUGUAGAAAGUUAUUUCAGUGGUAAAAGAGUGGGAACACGAGCUAGUAAAGCAAGACUACCAGAGCAAUAGUUACGAAUAGUCUGAGGCCAGAUUUAGCCUAGCAGCUCUCUCUUGGUUGCGUGUUCACAAUGCGGCAAAACUGACAAUGUCGCGGCUUGCAGUGUCACGGAUCACUAGCGUAAAUAAUCGUGCGUAGAUGCCCGCUGCUGACACAAGAGCAGAAAUAAGUCGUACCUUUCUAGUUCUUCGUCACUGAUGAUUUCCAGGUCUGGGUCCAUGUUCACAGCAUCACACUGCUCCGCCGCCAUUUUGCCGUGAACGACGAGGGGCGUGGCCUGACACUGCAGUGGUUACGUACAUACGUAGACUGUAAACAGGAAGUGUCAGUCAAAAGGUUUACUUAUUUGAGAGAAGCUCACAUCAUGGGCAAGAGCUGUAAAGUGGUAGUUUGCGGACAGUCUGCAGUGGGUAAAACUGCUGUAUUGGAACAGUUACUAUACAACAACCAUGUAGCAGGCUCAGAGCCCAUGGAGACCCUAGAAGACAUCUACAUCGGCUCCAUAGAAACAGACAGAGGAACCCGGGAGCAGGUUCGUUUCUAUGACACCCGGGGGCUGCGCGAUGGGAUGGAGUUUCCUCGUCAUUACUACACUUUUGCAGAUGGCUUCGUACUGGUUUACAGCAUUGAUAGCAAAGAGUCCUUCAAGAGAAUGGAGGCCCUUAAAAAGGACAUUGACCGCCACAGAGACAAGAAAGAGGUUACUAUUAUUGUGCUGGGAAACAAGCUGGACAGACAGGAGGAGCGGAGAGUGGACUCGAACCUGGCACAAAACUGGGCCAAGAAUGAAAAGGUCCGUCUGUGGGAGGUUUCUGUGGUCGACCGCCGCACUUUAAUUGAACCAUUUGUGUUUUUGGCCAGUAAAAUGACACAGCCUCAGAGCAAGUCCACUUUCCCUCUGAGUCGGAAUAAGAACAAAGGGAGUGGCUCUACCGACAGUUGAAUUAUCAGGGAAAAGCAUACACUCAAAAAGGCAAGGGAAGGAGUAAUAGUAAUUUUAAAGGGAUCUCUGUUCUGUUAAAGGUGCACUAUGUAACUUUUUGGUUGAGGGUCUGUCACCUGCUUGUUUCUAUAGAUAUGUCAUUGCUUUGCCUGGAAUAUUCCACAAUAUGACAUUAAACUGUUCUACCUUACAUUUAUUCAAUUACAGGUGGUUUUCUAGCUCAAAAAUACCUAGCAAACAGGCUUUCCGACUGAACGGAUUGCCUCUCCACAGAUCUGACCUGUAACUUGAACUUGUUUGGUGUCAGUGAUAAUAGACAAGUUUAACACCGUGCUGUGAAACAUUCCAUACGAAGCAAUAACAUCUCCAUGAAGACGAGCAUUUGAUGGACUUGAAAAGUUGCACUUGAAAAGUUACACAAUGUACCUUUAAUUUAAGAACACUAUAAUUAUGAAGGACCACAAUGCUGUUGCUGUUAAAUUAUCUUUACAUUUCAGGAAAUAUUUAAUAUUUUAUUGUGUCUGGUGCACAUAUUAUUUCAAAACUAAUAAGGGCAUUUGAGUGAAGUUUGCUCAUCUAUAUAUGUGUGUAACCUCUUUACACCUUCAUAAUUUCAAAGCAAGAUUUUGUCGUUUGCGUUUUAAACUUUUAACUGAUAAUUCACAGAUUUUCAAAGGAGUCAAUUAUUAGUUUAGUAGUGUUUAGUAGUGGUGUAACGAUAUCCAAGUCUCACGAUACAAUAUCGUCAUAUUUAUUGCGAUAUCAUGGGAAAGCGCAUGAUAUGAUGGGGAGGCUCACCAUAUUGUGAUAUUAUACAUGAUAACAAGAAUACUGACAUUAUAAAAUGCUUUAACCAGUCAUUUGGUACAACAUUUAUUAUCAUUUUGAACAGCCUGAAAAGCCUUUGAAGGUGAAGUGCAAAAUUCAAGUAACAAAUAAACAAUUGGAAUAAAACUAUGGGUCACUCUUGAAGUCCUCCAGGGUUAAGUGAGAUGCUCUCUGACUGCUCUCUGUAGUUCAGGUAACAGCGAUAAAGACACAAGAGAACUCACCAUAGUGCGCAGCCCCUCAGGGCUGGGCUGGGGUCCGGUCUUAAGACUUGUGCAGUCCUCCGAGCGCGUUGGUCAGAUAGGUCCGGAGGCUCUGUCCUCCAUGUGCUGGUUCCAGACAGGGACGAGUAAGACCACUGCACUGCACAUUCCGAAAGCGAGAAUACGCUGUGCACUACAGGUCCGAGUGGGCUGCUCCUGUCCUCCGCACUCAAGGACUGCGGCUGGUUCCAAGGUGGUGCAAAGCAUCCAGAUAGAAGCGUGAAUCUGGUUUGGUUCAUUAUAUAUUGUUCUAUCCUCCACACACUUGGUUCUUCCCAGGGAAAGCGCUUCUCAGUCCAAGGCACCUAACAUCACUCCCUGUUCCAGCUCUCCUGAGUCCGGCUGGUAUUGCCAUAAAAUUAUUUGGUUAAUUAAUAGCCUAAUAACAAAUGCUGGUUGCUAUGUGAACACGGCGAACACUGGGAACUCUCUGUAGGCCAAUGACAUGUAGUUUACUGUGCUAUGUCAAAGGAGCGGACUGAAAAUUCUUAUUUUUGCCUGAAGACAUACAGUUUUAAUACCGUGAUGAGACCACUAUGCUGUUGUUUCAAUUUUGCAAUGACGAUAUCGUGAUAUUGCCAAUAUCGUUACACCCCUAGUAUUUAGUCUUUUCUGAAGACUCUAAUUGGCCAUUUUUUUAUUACCCCAUGGCUGGAUCUGUGUAACAACUCAUUAAGUUUGUUACCUCACAUAAGUGCUGUAACUGUAAAUUAGAUAUGCACUACAUUGACUACACUGGCCACAAAAUCUGCUGUACAUGCUUGUGAUAACCUCAUAGGCCAAAUAUGACAAAUCCAAUUAUUUGUACUAAACUAUUAUGUGCAUCAGUGAAAUUGGGAUUUAAACGGCCUAUAUGUUACGCUAUUUUCUAAUCUGUGUUAUGUUUUUUUUCCUGAUCAAACAUACCCGGAGUUGUUUUUUGUUUCAUUCACGUAUGUUUAACACACAAACCCUGUAUAUUAAGGUUAUGUUCAUCUUUCAGACAAAGAGCUGCUGCUUUGCUCCACCUUGUGAUAUCAUGUGGUAAUACAGGAAGUGCUCCACUGUAUUUACUUUAUAAACUUCAUAUACCUUCACUGGAAUCAUUUGAAUAACUUCAGCCAUAGAAUUGCCAAUCCUUACUGAGUAAAACAUAACUGUUAAAUUGAAAAUUACCACUACAUGACAUCACAAGGUGCAGCAGAGUAUUUUGAGUUUUGGAGACUAAAAAUAAAGGAUUACUCAAACAUGUGUGAAUGAAACAAAACACAACUCCAGAUAAGUUUUUUAUGAGGUAACAGCAUUCCAACAUGGCUUAAAGCUGCAUUUUGAAUGAUAUAGGAACUUUAAAAUUAAUCAAAAUAAUGGAAUCAAUGCCCUGAUCAUGAAUAUUGGAAAAAAAAAAGUCACUUCUUUGCACACUGAUUAAUUUGAAUAUUUAUGUAAUAAAUUGAAAGUGCCAUAGUAACCCUAUAAUUUGAACAAUAAACCAAAUCCAUUUUCAGAUGAUAGUAGAAUAUAGUUGUGUAUUUGUCUCUGGGACAAAUAGUUUAAAACAAAAUGUUACUGGGUCAUGAUAAAUUGUUUUUAUAUUACAUUCCAGGUCACUAACAUGCACACUGUGAGAGACUUGUUCUCAAUUGCUGUAAAGCACACUACAAGUACAAUCAAACUGAGAAAGAUGCUGCCUUUUCUGUAUCAUCAAAACAUAUGACUUUUAUUGUUUCUGCUGGAGAAUUGUUACCUGUAAAUGUACUGAAUUACUGUUCAAGUAAAUGAAUGACAUUCCUGAA